AUGAAUUAUCCUCAAACAGACAAACCUUCACCCUUCAAAAAGAUAUCCAAUUCACUGCGUAACUCGCCAACAUUUUCAACGCAUUCAGCACCAUUUCUUAAUCAAUUAACCGACCAAGGCGUGACACUGAAAUCAUCAUCAGGUGUCUGUGAAUCAAAUCAUGCUUCAUUUUCUAUGGCAAAUGUUAAAGAAGUGUUAGAACGACUUAAAAAUGAAGUGGAGGUAGAGCGAACCAGGCGAACAAUGAUAGCAAGACAAAGAAGUCAAGAUAUUUACAAGUUGACAACACGUUCGAAAGCAGAGAAUCGUAUCUUACUGUCAGCGCUGAAACAUGCAGAAAAUAAGGCGAAAAUGUAUCGAGAUGAAUAUCAUAAGCUUAAAAGUAAAGUUCAGGGGAAAUUUUCGAAUUCUGGACAAGAAAAUGUUAAAUUGACAAAUGGGCAUAAUGAAAUUCACAAUAAUGAUCAAUAUCAGAGUAGGAAGGAAUCAAUAAAGACUCAAUCCGAUUGGACAAUUAACAGAAAAGUGAGUACUUCCAAUCCUUUUUUGUUAACUUAUGCAUUACAAAUGGUUUGA